GUCAGAUGCUCCUCAGAUGAGCGGAAGUCCAACGGUCGGUGGGUGAAGCGCUUGGACGGGAGCGAUGUCUGAUGCCGUAGCGGAUACAAGGAGGCUUCACACCAAACCGCAGAACCUCAGCGACGCGUACGGACCGCCGAGCAACUUCCUAGAGAUUGAUGUCGGUAAUCCCGAAACGGUCGGCGUCGGCCGAGGGAGGUUCACCACCUAUGAGAUCAGACUGAAGACAAACCUUCCUAUCUUCAAGCUGAAGGAGUCAUGUGUACGGAGGAGGUACAGCGACUUCGAGUGGUUGAGAGGAGAGCUGGAAAGAGAGAGCAAAGUGGUUGUACCCCCUCUGCCUGGAAAAGCUCUGUUCAGGCAGCUCCCAUUCCGUGGGGACGACGGCAUCUUCGACGAUUCAUUCAUCGAGGAGCGGCGGCAGGGCCUUGAGCAGUUUCUCAACAAAGUGGCGGGUCAUCCAUUGGCCCAGAACGAGCGCUGCCUGCACAUGUUCCUGCAGGAUGAAACAAUGGAUAAAAACUACACGCCUUCCAAAGUCCGACAAGCCUGAAGCCUCCACCAGCCUCCACCAACUAGGACGCUUCCCCUGGGAUUUAAAUGGGAAAGAAAACUACAGCCCAUCUGAACCUUUUUACUAUACUUAUUGCAUAUGGUCCAUAACAGAAAAUGAAAAAUGUCUGCAAACGAUCAAUCAAUUGAACACUCAGUCCCUCGAACAAACGAACGCCUGGUCGGUCCAUCAAUCAAUCAAUCGAUCGGAUGAGUGGCAGGUAGAUCCAUCCACCAAUCAAAUGAACGAUCGGUCGAUUGAUCCAUCGAUCUCCUCUUUUGGCCAUUGCUACACAUGGCACAUUUUCUAUUCUGUGUUGUCUCACUUACCAGAGCAUUAAGUGUUGCUAAAACUAAAACCAGUCAAAAAGAAAGGCAAAGGUUGUAUGAAACGAUUGUGGUAAUUUAUGAUGGUAUUUUGUCUACGACCGCAACUAAAUUUGAUACUUUUAUGUAGCUCAGGAUAUGCAUCUUUACACAGAAUAUCUGACACAAAUGAACAGGUAUGGAAGCAUUAUACGCCACCGUUGGAUUAGAUACUGAUAAUUUUUCUGUAACUUAAUAUAAUUGUUCCACAGUAAAUGGUAUCUGUGUAGGAGUUAGUUAAAGGUGGAUUUUCUUUGCUUGUCUGACGCGCACCUCUGCUUGCCCUGUGGAGAAAUGCAGCUAGUCCUCCUCUCGCGGGAAUAGCACGUGUGCGCGUACGCACACAUCACACUUUGAUGAGUCUCUUAUGUGAGGCAUUUAAAUAUGCAACAUGUGCAGUUACCAGGCAGUCAGGGCCUGAGCACAUGAGCGCGCCACCCACCCCCAACCGAAAGCACACGUACAUGCAGAAGGCUGCCGUCGGCACAGUUCCACGUUUGUAUACCGCUGUGCCAUUGUUUUGUUUGUUUCUGAAGAUUUUCCAAUAAAACUGACCACACACAGGCUGUUCUGCUUUUGAUCUUUCCACCCCUUGUCCCUCUGACAUGCACACACAUUCUCUGUAUUGCCUUCACAGUGGACCUAAUGUCCACCUCUCUGCAACAAGCAGGUGGACUUUUGGAAACGCCACAACUUGUAUGAAAUUGCAGCCAUGUGCUCUGUUCUCUCUUAAUGCUCUUCUGGAAUUGCGAGCUAGCCCAAGGCUGACAUGUUCCUCCUUCUUUUUCAGAGUGGAACUUUCCAUAGAUGUUCAGCACUUUGUUACUGAGCUCAAAUAUUGGAGGAGCAUGUUCAGAUAACCACUGAACCUUGGACUAUUCAUAGCUUUUCUUGUGUCUAUUUAAUGCUCACUCAAUUAGUCUUGAACAGUCUGAUGUUUUAGUGCAUAUAUAAUUUGACUACCAUUUUGCUUUUUUUCUCCAUCUCUCUCCACUUCCCAGUUACAUAUUAUUGUCUCUGCUCUUAUCUGCUCUGUCGCUCUGAAGAGGUACCUGAAUAGGUUUGGCUUGGACUGUGCUUUCAGCCAUAACAGCUAUAUGACUGUGCAUUGCCCUUGAUGAAAAUAAUUGAGUCUGGCUACCUAACUACACUUUCAGUAUUUUUUUUUUCUUUUGUUUCUUUUUUUUUUUUUUGAACUUGUGAAGCACCUGUUAAGCUUCACAUACAGCUCCUUUCUCCCCUGGUGCAUGUGUGUGCAGGAGCAGGUGUGCUACAAUAGGUGGGCCUCACCACCAGGAAGGUAGAGGUAACACCAAGUUAGUUUAGACUGCGUGUUUGUUAUUGUGGCCCUUUGGCUUGUCUGUCUAGUUGUCACCCUGUCUUUCUUCGCUUUUCUUGUUUUUUAAAUGCAAGAGUUGGUAAAAGAUAUGGUAUUUCAGGGCCAGAGAAAUGAAUCACUUUUAUAGGAGUAAUCAGUUUGUGAAAUUGCUAGUAACCACAAUGAUUAUAGUACUGCUGUUAAAAACCAAAGAAGCGUUCAUGUUAUGAUGGGUUUAUCGUUAACUUAGGCCUCUCUCCAACAUAUAUAAGUAGCCCAAAUAUAUGUCCUUGGUGAUGCUGGAAGAGCUCCAGGAAUACUAUGAGUAGUGUUUCUUACUCUGUCCAUGUUUUUACAAAAAGCACUGAUGAGCCUUGUGAACAGAAAGGAUGAGUUACAGUUCAUUAAGAAUCACGUACAGUUCUGGGACAAAGUCUCACGGACUGAUUAGGUGAAGUUUAAGUUGUGUUGUAAGAGGAAGGAACUGCACCUGAUCCAAAGUAUAACAACUAAUCUGAAACACCAUGGAUGUGGAUUUGUUAGUUACUCAGCUAUGUAUGCCUAAAAAACGUUUUGAUUAAUUUUCUGAGUUUCUUAAUUUUAAUACUUGCACUCAAAAGUAUUUGUGGGGAUUGGAAUCUACUUUCUUGCUGUGAGAAAAUGAGUCCUGAGUUCAUAUGUAUUCUUUAUCUAUGGUUUGAUUAUAUGAGAAAUAAACUUUGCAUGAUUGUUACAUGAUGUUUACUGCAGCUUGGAGUGUGAAUAUUUUAAACAUUAUUGGUUGAAACAGCCUAAGAUUCUUCUCUCUACUCCCAUAUUGGCUAAAGCAGGUAAAGAAUCUACUGAGCACUGCCUAAGGUUACCAGGGUGACAGCAGAGCUACACUCUAAGCACCUCCAAGUUGUUUGUCACCAGCAAUAAAAUAAGAGCAGGAGGACAUAUAUGGAUAAAUUCAGAUAGGUAAAUGUUAUAAUCACAUCCCCCAGGGGAGCUGUCUAGGAGUUAUGGUUUAAGAAGGGUCGGAUUUGGGCAGGUUUGGGUUGAAAUGGCUUGCUUAGGCCCUGUGUUUGGAAGACAGACACUCUUGCACAGACACUCUUCCACAUCGCACCUAUUCCUGGGUUAAAUGGGAUGUUCGUAUUUCCAGCAGCCAAAAGAGCAAGCCAGGAGAGAGGAGAGAAGAAACCGUGGUUGAUUUGCUUUUUUGCUGCUAAAAGAAUGAAUACGUUGGGACUGAUCUUUUUCUUUGCCCAUUCAUCUUUGUUUCAUUUUUCUUUAUAUUUAAUCACUUUUUGCUUCCACUUGAUUUGAAGGUAUUGCAAAUUUGAUCCUUGCAUUAUUUUACCCUGAAAAUAAAUCUGAUAAUUUUAUUUUUAUUUCAUUUUAUUUUUAUGAUGUUCUGCUGGAUAACACUACUGAUUCUUGAGACAUGAGAAAAAACAUGUCCAGCAAUUGUAACUACUAUCAGGUUUAAUGAUUAACAGAUUUUUAAUUGUACCGCCCAGUCAAAUCUGUGGACUGUGGUAGUCAAUUUGGAAUCUGCAAGUCUAUGCUGUUGCCAACCUAUAAAAGUGCUAGAGGGCACUUCAACUAUGUUUCCAUAGUUAGCCAAAAUAUUACUGAUACUGAUGUGUGCAAUAAACAUAAAUAAAUCCA